GGAAGGAGAAGAAAGAGGAUCCACGAGGAGAACGCUGCUGAUACUGCGGCCGGCGCCAGUGGCGUUAGUAGGGGUGCUGCUACCGGCGGUGGUGGUGGUGGUGGUAGUGGCGGUUAAACCGUUGGUGGGGGUGGCGGCGGCAGGUGAGCGCAUCGCGGUGUGCGCCGUGCACACGACUCCGUUCGCUUCUGACAAUACGCUCUCGCGAAGCGUGUACGUGCGCAGGAGAGUAUACGUAUGUGUGCUUCGAGGGAGAGAGAGAGAGAGAGGGAGACAAGGAAAUCUCGCCGACGGCGAGUGGCGCGCAUUACGUCGUUGUCGUUCGAGUACCGCUACGUUUUCGCUCCAUCGCUCGGCGGCUGCGUGCGAAAGAAAAGAGAGAAAGAUAAAUACAGCGGACGAAACUUGCGUGCGUAGAAAAGAAAUUCGAGCGAUCGGUUCUUUGGGAGGGAGGGAGGAGGGAAAGGGUCGAGAGAGAGAGAGAGAGAGAGAGAGAGGAGGGAGAGGGAGAGGAUAACAGUGCGUAUCGUGCGUGUGUUUUUCGUUUCUUGAGAGAGCCGAGAGCAAAGAGAAAACGUGUCUAGGUCGGUGCAACGGCGAAGAAUAAAGAAACUUCGGCGUGUUCGCGAGUUGUUUCUUCGUUCUCCUUUGGAAAAAGUGUUUCCCGUGAAAAGUUUUGUCUACCGCGAAAUGAACGAAAGGUGCGCGAGGUCCGCGCUGCUUAACGGAGGUGAUGGUGAUUUCGUUUGAAAGGAAAAACUAGAACGAGAAUGUGCGGUGGAACCUCGUUUCACGAUUACGAUCGGUUGCUAUGAUCGAGCCGCGAAAGGUUAACGUCGAACGAUCAUGGUUUACCCGAGGCUGCACGUCGGGAGGAGUCUACGAUCGAACGCGAACACGAGAUACCUCAACGUCCUGAUCGUGCCGCUCUUCCCGCUCUGGAUUAUAGGCGCGUUCUGCGUCAAAGACAUACCCAUAUCGCACAUCGUGGCACUGGUCGGAGAUCCCACCUAUCUUCCCUGCGACAUAUCAACUACCCACGAAGGAGAUUCGGUACAUCUUGUGCUCUGGUAUCGCGAGGAUCUUGGAACAUCGGUUUACAGCGUCGACGCCAGAGAUCGAGACUUUGGUAUAGCCGAGAGAUGGUCGGACGACACGGUGUUCUCGAGUCGAGCUUACUUCAUGCCAGACAAGAAACCGGCCGAGCUGGGCGUGGAUCACAUAAGGGAGGAAGACGCUGGUAUUUAUCGAUGUCGGGUCGACUUCCAAAUCGGCCAAACGCGAAACUCCAAAGUCAAUUUAACGGUGAUAGUUCCACCUCACAGGAUCGUGAUCGUCGACGAAAGAGGCAUCGCUCGGGACAAAACGGCCGGACCGUACGCCGAGGGCGACUCCUUGCGGCUCUACUGCGACGUGUAUGGCGGCAAGCCGCCGCCCACCGUGACCUGGUACCGCAACAACAAUUUCAUGAAUAACAAAACGAUGAACGUACGAAGCGGCGUGACGCGCAGCGAGAUCGUGAUAAAAAAUUUGGGACGAGACGACGUCCUCUCGGAGCUGACCUGCAACGCGACGAAUAAUAACAGAUCGCUCCCGCUGUCCUCGACCAUUCGACUGGAUAUGAAUUUCAGCCCGCUGGAAGUGAAGAUAAGGGAUGCUAAUCAACCUCUAUCGGCCGGCAAAAGGUACGAGCUCGUCUGCAGAACUUCCGGUUCGCGACCACCGGCGAUCGUGACCUGGUGGAGGAACGGUCAACGUUUAGUGGAUUCCAAGGAAACGACUUCGAGCGAUGGGAACACGACCAGCAGCGUCUUAUCUUUUAUGGCGACCAAAGCAGAUGCCGGUAGACACUUGUCAUGCCGAGCUGAAAAUUCGAUCACGGGAAGCGCGCCGAUAGAGGACGACUGGAUACUCGAGAUACAAUACACGCCGGAGACGAAAAUACAACUGGGAACGUCCUUGGACCCUAGCACGAUUCGAGAAGGUAUGGACGUCUACUUUGAUUGUUUGAUACAAGCCGAGCCGCCGGUUACCAAAGUCGAGUGGCGUCAUCAGGGCAAGGCACUUUAUCACAACGUCACGCAAGGCAUUAUAAUCAGUAACCAGAGUUUGGUGCUCCAAGGAGUGGACCGUAAGAGCGCUGGCAAUUACACGUGCGUGGGAUACAACGUCGAGGGCGACGGGGAGAGCUCGCCCUUUUAUUUGAACGUCAUGUUCGCGCCAACUUGCAAGCCGAACCAAACAAAGUUCCACGGCGUGGCUAAACAAGAAAAGGCCAACAUAUCCUGUCAAGUGGAAGCGAAUCCCACGGAAGUGCAGUUCCGGUGGACGUUCAACAAUUCUGCGGAGAGUAUCGACGUUGCCGCGGGUCAUAUCGCCAGAGCAGGCACAUCCUCGAUCGUUUCGUACACGCCGAUGACGGAAUUGGAUUACGGAACGUUGCUAUGUUGGGCCACGAAUCGUAUAGGGCAUCAACAAGUGCCUUGCGUCUAUCACAUUAUACCCGCCGGUCGCCCGGAUAUGGUACACAAUUGUACUACCUCGAACACAUCGACCAACUCGUUUUCGGUGCGAUGCACCGAGGGUUUCAACGGCGGCUUACCGCAAUCCUUUCUUCUCGAGGUGAGGGAGAGCAACAGCCAGGAAUUGCGUGCAAAUUUAACAUCGCCGGUGCCGCGUUUCAGCGUCGCUCAACUCGAGUCCGGUGCUCUUUAUCAGGCGUGCAUUUACGCGUACAACGAUAAAGGACGCAGCGAGGCAAUGGUCGUGCAGGCAGGAACUUUGAGGCUCCCUGAAAAACAAUUAACAUCCGAGUCAGAAAGGCCACGGCAAAACGUUAGAUUAACGCCGAUGUUCAGUGUCAUGAUCGGCGUGGUAACGGCCUUGAUAAUCGUCGCGGUAAUAGUCAUGGUCGUUUUGAGGAUCCAACACACCAACGUCGAGGAACGUGGCAAGUCGCAAAUAGAGGAACAUGGGAAGCAAACGAAACCCGUGCCGAUACAGCGUGAAUUGAGGUUUCGCGAAGGUAGCAGCCUUCUUAACGACGAAAAGCAUCCAGGUAGUCCGUUCAGGAAAUUGGACACCAGCGGUGAUCUGAGCGAGAGCGACGAGAAGAAUCCGGACAUCAUACCUCAGCAAAUCACCGGAGACGAGCCCUCGGAAUAUCUGAGAAAAAGACGACUGGUAUCGACGAUAGAAACUUCUCCGUCGAGAAGUCUCUUGGAACACUCGACCAUCACUUCUUUAACCGGCCACGGUAGCUACGUUGGCUACUGCACCAUUCGCAACGGGAUGCCCCUGCACGAAUUUUCAAAUUUAUCUACCAAGCACAAAAGUUUUCAGCCCAUCAUCGGAAGCGUGUACGACGACGGAGUGUGCACGCUACCGAGACAGCACUGGCCGACUCAGAGCGUUCAAUCUAUGACGAUGAGUCCACCGAUGUUGUACGCAGGAUUAGGAGUCGUCGGUAGAACCUGUCCAAGUACAUGCACGCUCUUGUCGAAGGACAUCGAAACGAGAGUUCCUGCUCAAUGCUGCGUCCAAUCGCAAAAAGAGGCGACCGUGACUACGCCCGUUGUGAUGGCCAAGAGAGAAAGCUCGGUGUGACGCUGCCUCGAGAAGUACACCAUGUAUUAGAAAAAAGAAAGAUUCGUUGUUAAUUAUCUUGUCGCUCGCGAAAGAAGUACGAGAGAGAGAGAGGAGAGAAGCGUAUGUGACGCACGUCGUAUGUGAGUUCAACAACACAAGCCUCUUUUACUUUAACGAAUUUAUUUCCUACCCCGUAAAUGAAAUCGCCACUUCUUUACGAACUUAUGUUGAAUCAAGUGCCCUUUUUAUAUUAAAGGAAGACUUUGAAAUUGAUACUGCGUCGAUAAAUGUGUAUGCACGUGAAUCGAGAGAAAGAGAGAGGGAGAGAGAGAGAGAGAAAGGUGUGUGUACGAACGCGUGACAUUUAGUACGAAUGCCUACACAUACACGUGCCUGCGUGUGUUUGUACAUAUAUAAAUAUACAUAUGUACAGUUGAACGAGAAAGUGUAUAUAUACAGACACACGCACGUGCUCCAUGCAUACACUUGAGAAUACACAAAGAAACACAUACGCAGCGUCGCGUAAUUUAUGUACUGUACAUACCUUUGGAACAUGGAAGAUAUUUUAUACAAAUCAAUAGCAUAAAGUUUAUUCAACUUUUACUACGGUACACACUGUACAAUUUGUCUAGUCGAUGUAAGUAAAAAUACGUAGACGAAAUUCAAAAAUCAAUCGUGCAACCAGAAUAACGUAUACUGAAAAGGGUUAAUUCGUUGGUGCGAUACUGUGUGAAAAAUCGAUCACACGUCGCGGCGUGUCGGAGCCGGCGUAAGUUAAAAACGUAGACUGCUGGAAAAGGGGGUUUGAAAGCGAGGGAACGCGAUAGAAACAUAUCGUUUGGUUUUCCAUCACGAAAACCGAACAAAACGUUCGAAGAGAGACUAUAAAGGAAUGUGGCGUUCGAACCAAAAAGAAAAAAAAAAAAAAAGAAAAAAG